AUGCUCAUAAGUAAAGUGUUAUGGUCUCUUCAGAACCAAGUAUUGUUAUAAACAGAGUUAUUUGUUUUCUAAAGUUGCUUUAUACAAGUUCAAGAAGAAGGUUUCAAAUUGAAAGAACUGUUGCCAUGGCAAUUCUAUUUAGUCUUUUUUACUUUAUUCUUAUUAGGAUCUUCUUCGUUAUUUUCCUCGUUUAUACUGAAAAUCAAUAGAGAAAAGAUUGAAUAAAUGAUUCUUUUCUUAAUGAAAAAUUAAGCAAAUAUUUUUAUGAUAAGCAUUCUUAAUUUUAAUUAUAAUUUAUAAUAAAUUAAUAUAGAUCUAAGAGAAGAAAACAAAAAAGAAUUUGAACAGCAAUUGAUUGAGAAAACAAUUUUAUUAUUACUGAAGAAAAAUAUGAAUCGUAAAUUUGAUGAAAAAUAGUCGGAAAUAUUAAUUUUAUAAUAGGAUGAAAAUAGUAAGAAUAUUUAAAACAAAUAUAUACAUAGUAGUAUAAGAAUAAUAACCAUAUAUAAAUAUUUAAGUUUGAAAAUUCCAAUCUUUGUAAAUUUAUUUAUAUAUCCAAGUUUUAACUGCGUGGUUAUAUCAUCAAGGAAUAAGGAUAUUUUUUGUUUUUAUUUAAAAGUUAUUAUGUGUAUGGCUUUAAUAAUUAAAUUUCUUCAUCCUAAGGUGAAGGCAUUAUAACGUUUGGUUUAGAAGUAAACAAUUAUUUGCCAAUUUAGGCUCCUACUUAUAAAUCCAACAAAAGGGAUGGUGGAAUAAUGAAUUAUUUUAUGGAUGGAAAUGAUUUAGUAACAAACUAAGGAAAAAUAUUGAAAAACUGUUUAUUUUAGCUUGGAAUUUUUUGA